UAUCUGAUAAAGUCAUUUUGGCAAAUUCCUCCAAUUUCACUACGCCAAACUAAACGAAAACUAUGGCUAACGAGGGUGAGCUAGUCUGCGUCACCGGAGCCAGUGGCUGCAUUGGCUCAUGGCUCGUCAGUCUUCUCCUCGACCGUGGUUACUCCAUUAACGCCGCCGUCAAAGAUCUAAAGGACGAAACUGAGACCAAGCAUCUACAAGUUUUAGAGGGAGCUCAGACCCGUCUUCGCCUCUUCGAGCUUGAUCUCCUCGACUACGGCUCCAUUGCCGCCGCCGUCCAUGGCUGCUCCGGCGUCUUCCAUCUCGCUUCCCCCUGCAUUGUCGAUGAAGUUCAUGAACCCGAGAAAGAGCUCUUGGACCCAGCGAUUAAAGGAACGAUUAACGUUCUGACCGCGGCCAAGGAGGCUGGAGUGGGGCGCGUGGUGGUCACUUCCUCCAUCUCCGCCAUCGUUCCUAACCCUAACUGGCCCUCCGACGUUGUAAUGAAUGAGGAGUCUUGGACCGACCUUGACUACUGCAAGCAUAAAAAACUGUGGUAUCCGAUGUCGAAAACCCUGGCUGAGAAAGCUGCGUGGGAAUUUGCCAAGGAGAAAGGAUUAGAUGUGGUUGUGGUGAACCCCGGUACGGUGAUGGGGCCUAUUAUUUCACCAAAGCUUAAUGCUAGCAUGAUCAUGCUCUUACGCCUUCUCCAGGGCUGCACCGAAACUUAUAUGGACUUCUUUGUUGGGUCUGUACAUUUUAAAGAUGUAGCUUUGGCACAUAUUUUGGUGUAUGAGAACAAGUCAGCAAGUGGAAGGCACCUGUGUUUAGAAGCCAUAUCACAUUACGGUGACUUCGCAGCUAAGGUUGCUGAGCUUUGCCCUGAGUAUAAGUUGCCCAGUUUGCCCAGGGAUACUCAACCUGGGGUGUUGAGGGCAGAGAAUGCAGCAAAGAAGCUGAUUGACUUGGGACUGCAGUUCAUUCCAAUGGAGCAAAUUAUCAAGGAUUCUGUAGAGAGUUUAAAGAGCAGGGAAUUUCUUUCUUAAACCAAGCUUCUGCUGGGCGUUGGCCUUCAGAACCAUCACAAAUCUAUUUGCAUUAUAGAAGUGAUGAGUUGAUGUAAUCUAAAUAAAAGUUGGUCUGGUCUGAGGACUUGCUGCAGGGACAUUUUGCUUUCUGUUCCUUCCACAGGAAGAGUGUCUUUACUUUUUUGAGUUAUGUAUAAUUUUGCACAUGGUUUUUUAAGUUGGUAUGAAUAGACUGUAUGAUUAGUUAGUACAAAAUUCUUUCUGGUC